AUGUCAGAGUUGCCAAACCUGAGCACUUUGAACUAUACAGUGCUAGUGCCCUAUAACGGGAGCAUUGCUACUGGGGGAAACUCGAUGGAAGUUGACCUCAAUGUGUUCUACAACGCAGGUGAUAUUACAUGGAUCAUUACAUGUGCAGCCUUAGUACUGCUAAUGAUUCCUGGUGUUGGAUUCUUCUAUUCUGGGCUUGCUCGCAGAAAAUCCGCGCUUUCGCUGAUAUGGCUAUCCGUUAUGUCACUUGGAGUUGUCUCGUUCCAGUGGUUUUUCUGGGGCUAUUCUCUCGCGUUUUCCCAUUCUGCUGGAGCCUACAUCGGUAACCUUGAGAACUUUGGUUUCAAGGGUGUCCUUGCUCAGCCCUCCGUUGGAAGCUCAAAGAUCCCGGAUAUACUGUUUGCUUUAUACCAAGGGAUGUUUGCGGCAAUCAUAGUUGCAUUGGCAGUGGGAGCUGUUGCAGAACGUGGUCGAAUGGCACCAUGCAUCGUCUUUAUGUUCAUUUGGACCACAAUUAUAUACGAUCCUCGUGCGUGCUGGACAUGGAACUCCUCUGGUUGGAUAUAUAAAAUGGGAGGACUCGAUUUUGCUGGUGGAACUCCCGUGCAUAUCGCUUCCGGUGUCGCUGCCCUCGCGUAUUCCCUCAUGCUCGGGAAGAGACGAGGGCAAGGCAUUGUGACCAAUUUGGCUGCCGCCAUUGGUGGUGUUACAUGGUGCCUCUUAGAUUAUCGCCUGAACGGAAAAUUCUCUGCAGUGGGUUUCUCCUCCGGGGUAAUAUCAGGUCUUGUGGCAAUUACCCCUGGAUCGGGAUACGUCCCGCCAUGGGCGGCUGUGAUAUUCGGGUUAGUCGGGGCGACUGCAUGCAACUAUGCCACGAAAUUGAAGUAUCUCAUGCGCAUUGACGACUCUUUGGAUAUUUUUGCCGUUCAUGGAGUCGGAGGAAUUAUCGGAAAUUUACUCACGGGUUUAUUCGCAGCGGACUAUAUCGCAAGGCUCGAUGGUGCCACCUACAUCGAUGGAGGUUGGCUCAAUAAGCACUAUAUUCAGCUCGCUUACCAGCUCGCAGACUCUGUGACUGGGGCAGCCUAUUCCUUCAUCGGAAGUUGUAUCAUUCUAUUUCUGAUCAACUUGAUCCCCGGUCUACACCUUCGCGCGAGUGAAAAGGAUGAGAUUAUAGGAGUCGAUGACGCAGAAAUUGGGGAGUUUGCAUAUGACUACGUGGAGAUUGCCCGAGACGUAAGCAGUGGAUUUGAGACGGACAAGUCUGAGCCUAAAUCCGACGGUGACUCGGUUAAUUCGACAAAAAUACAUGGGUCUGGAAAGGAGUCCUGAUGGAGAAUUAGUAAAAGAUUGAUUUUUUUUUUUUUCGAUAUGUACCUAUUAAUAUUUAUGGAGUGCUUUAGCCAGAUGAGACAUAAGUUGACUAUGAAUUCCCGGAAAAGGACGUCCCGUACUCCGUACGUUGGAACGAAAUAAGGAACGAAGAGGGUCGGUUUUC